UCGAGAGAGCUUCAGAGUCGAAAGACGCUCAUCCAUACCAGCAAUGCCCAUCAUUACCCCAAGCACCAACGGAAUCAUGCCUGAAGUAAAGAAAGCAGGAAGAAAAGGAUCAAAAGCUGAUAUAAAACCUGCAGAAAAGGCACCGCCAUAUGACCCCGACAUCCCAGAACCCAAUUCUAGAGAUGAGCUGAUGAAAUUUUGGAUGAACAUCUCUCUGGAUGACAGAACUGCUCAGAAAACGUUGUGGCUCUCUGAAGGUGGAGCCAAGGUGUCACGUCUGUCUGAGGAAGUGUGUCCUGUUCUGGACAGACCUGAGAGAUAUGAAUAUUCACCACAGGUGCUGUGUAAGGAGGGUGUUUUGGGCAACCGUGGGUAUUGGGAGGUGGACUGCAAGGGCUGGGUGGUGCUUGGAGCAGUAUGUGAAAGCACAGGACGGAAAACUAAGGAUGGUCCGUGUGGCAUAGGAGAGAAUGACCUGUCAUGGGGUGUGGGCUGGGCUGGCUCCUGCUACCAUGUGUGGCACAAUGGAGAAAACAUAGAAGUCCAAGCUCCCCUCUGUCCCACCAUUGGGAUCUAUGCAGACCAGCCAGCUGGAAUCAUCAAGUUUUACCUUGUGGAGGAUGGUGAGAACGGCUCCAAGCAGGUCAGACUGGUCCAUCGGUUUAAAACAACCAUCAAUGAGAAGCUCUACCCCGGUUUCUGGGUGGGCAGGAAAUCCUACUGUUGGAUUCGGAAGAAGGAUCAGUAGGAGAGUAAAAUCAUGAAGGGCUGGGGAAUUGUUGGGAGGGAAAGGGAUUCAAAAAUACAGGAAAAGUGAAUACAAGCAUCAUUUUAAUUUAAAAGAACAUCAGAAUACUUUGCUUGUUUUUAAAACUCUACAAAGUGGUAUCCUGUAAUUCAGUUAACAACAACAUAAUGAGAAACACUUCUGUAAAUCUAAACUCUUGUGUUCUAACAUUUUUAAAUACCAAUGGAAGUUAUUGCCAGCUUGUUUUAAUUUCACUUUUAUUACAAUCAGAUGGGUUGGCAAAAAAACAUAUGAACAACACUUUUACAACAAAAACAGUCAUGUAUGGUGAACCUUCGAAUUAAAUCUCAUUGUUACAACCAAAUUGCUUCUGUAGUUUAUACUAGUGAUUUGAAUAGUCGUUUUGUGUUUAGGAUCCAAAUAACUUUAUAUUGUUCCAUAAGACAAAUAUAUAUCAGACAUUUAAGUAUCUCUGUUCAUAAAGUACUUAAUAAAAAUAACCAUUUGUGUUAUCGGAUUACUA